GCCGGCCCCAGGGCCCUUCGGUUUUCUAUGGGAUUCCCAAUCUGCUGCAGACUCGCCCGAGCGAGUGGCGGUGGCGGCGGCCGGGCUGGCGAGGCGCGAUCCGAGAGGGAUCUGAGCAGCCGAGAGCUCCAGAGGAAGAGGCAGCGCGGAGACCCGCACACCAGACGGCUGCACCGUUUACCCGAAUUAAAUACACACACACACACGUACACGUAUAAAGAAGUGUUGAGCGUUAUCUUUGCGUUGUGACCCUGCGCAGCGCUGUAACUACAGAAUGGGGAAACAGAACAGCAAGCUGGCCCCCGAAGUGAUGGAGGACCUGGUGAAGAGCACGGAAUUUAAUGAGCACGAGCUCAAGCAGUGGUACAAGGGCUUCCUCAAGGACUGUCCGAGCGGGAGGCUGAACCUCGAGGAGUUUCAGCAGCUCUACGUGAAGUUCUUCCCAUACGGAGAUGCCUCCAAGUUUGCCCAGCACGCUUUCCGCACCUUCGACAAGAACGGGGAUGGCACCAUCGACUUCCGAGAGUUCAUCUGUGCCCUCUCCAUCACCUCCAGGGGCAGCUUUGAGCAGAAGCUGAACUGGGCCUUCAACAUGUACGACCUGGACGGUGAUGGCAAGAUCACCCGGGUGGAGAUGCUGGAGAUCAUCGAGGCCAUCUACAAAAUGGUGGGCACCGUGAUCAUGAUGAAAAUGAACGAGGAUGGCCUCACGCCCGAGCAGCGAGUAGACAAGAUUUUCAGCAAGAUGGAUAAGAACAAAGACGACCAGAUUACACUGGAUGAAUUCAAAGAAGCUGCAAAGAGUGACCCUUCCAUCGUUUUACUUCUGCAGUGUGACAUUCAGAAAUGAGCUGAUGUCAGUACUAUGGACUGCACAAAAGUCUCAUGUUCCAUUCUGUCUGCAGCUAUUCACACACACACACACACACACACACACACACACACACACACACAUAUUGCUUGGACUACCUAUUAAUGGACUUGCUUCUUGUGUUUGAAACACUUGUGUGCAUGAGAAUGUCAUUUGCUAAUGAAUUUUAAGAGCAUAUAUUAUAAAACAAACAACCUGCCACAAUGUGAUACGUGCAAUAUCAUUUCAUAAAAAAACCCUCCUCCUCCAAAGCCUGGGCAGCAAUGUGCUGCGAAGAGUUCUAUUUCUUGUUCAUAUUUUGCUAAUGCUGUGUCUCCUUGAUUACCUGAUACAUUAGUGGCACUGAGACCCCUGUGGUAAUGUGACUUAGUAUAAGCUGUAUCACCAUUCUCCUAUACAGUAGCACCAGACAGACGACCCAGGGGCCCUUAGCUUCUGCAUCUGAUCCACACACAAGAGCUUGUAUCAUCAGUGAAUAUAAAUGUAAUACAUUUGCAUGCCUUUUAGGUUUGCCUUAAUUCUUACCUUAUUUGCAUCCUGUCAAUCUGGAAAGAGCUAUGUUGGAUGAAUGCAGUAUAAAACUUAAAAAUCCUGCUAAAGUGGCUCGUUAAUUAAGUAUAUUUAUCUAUAUAUACAUAUACACAAAGAUAUUAUUUAUUGGAAGUAAAAAAAAAAUGAAGGAAGUGUAUGGAUUUCUGCUUGAAUUUUCAAAAGCUUCCAAAGAGGUUGCAACAGAUGUCCUGAAUAAAUUUAUAACAUUUGACUCCC